GGGUUCCCUGAGCCGAGCUCUAGAGCCCAGGGGAGUCUCAAAGUUUGUCCGGAGCCCUAGUGGGGGGAGUGGGCUUGUCGCGCGAGGGCUUUCUUGGCACGAGCACCGUCUCCUUGCCUGCCUUUCGGAUGCACAGCCCGGUUUAACUCCUGCACCCCAGGCCCGAGCCCGGCAGGCUUGUCCUCCCCGGGGAUUCGCACGUCUCGGAGGACACGGGUCGCGGGGCUGUCGGCGGGGCUCUGCCGGGUCCACGCGCGCACGCUCGAGCGCUCGCCCGCGGGGAGAGGCGUCUCGCCGGCCCGUGGCGGCUCUGAGCGGUCCCCUCGUGCCUCAGCAUCCCCGGCCCCGCGCGGGGCUCCCACCGCCAUGGAGGUGCUGGAAAGCGGGGAGCAGAGCGUCCUGCAGUGGGACCGCAAGCUGAGCGAGCUGUCAGAGCCCGGAGAGACCGAGGCCCUCAUGUACCACACGCACUUCUCAGAACUCCUGGACGAGUUUUCCCAGAACGUCUUGGGACAGCUCCUGAACGACCCUUUCCUCUCCGAGAAGACUGUGUCCAUGGAGGCGGAGCCAUCUCCAACAUCACCAGCGCCUCUCAUCCAGGCUGAACACAGCUACUCCCUGAGCGAGGAGCCCCGGGCUCAGUCACCAUUCACCCAUGUGGCUGCCAGCGAUGGCUUCAAUGACGAGGACGUGGAGAGUGACAAGUGGUACCUGUCUGCAGACUUCCCUUCGGCCACCGUCAAGACAGAGCCCAUCACAGAGGAGCAGCCCCCGGGGCUCGUCCCCUCUGUCACUCUGACCAUCACAGCCAUUUCCACUCCUUUUGAAAAAGAAGAUUCCCCUCUGGAUAUGAAUGCUGGGGUGGAUUCGUCAUGCCAGACAAUAAUUCCUAAGAUUAAGUUGGAGCCUCAUGAGGUGGAUCAGUUCUUAAACUUCUCUCCUAAAGAAGCCUCCGUGGAUCAACUGCACUUACCACCAACACCACCCAGUAGCCACAGCAGUGACUCCGAGGGCAGCCUGAGCCCUAACCCACGCCUGCAUCCCUUCAGCCUGUCCCAGGCCCACAGCCCUGCCAGAGCCGUGUCCCGGGGCCCCUCUGCCUUGUCCGCGUCUCCCCUCCUCACAGCUCCACAUAAGCUGCAGGGGUCUGGCCCCCUGGUCCUGACGGAGGAAGAGAAGAGGACCCUGGUCGCUGAGGGCUACCCUAUUCCCACCAAACUGCCCCUGACAAAAUCCGAGGAGAAGGCCCUCAAGAAAAUCCGGAGAAAAAUCAAGAAUAAGAUUUCUGCCCAAGAAAGCAGGAGGAAGAAGAAGGAAUACAUGGACAGCCUGGAGAAAAAAGUGGAGUCCUGUUCAUCUGAGAACCUGGAGCUUCGGAAGAAGGUGGAGGUCCUGGAGAACACCAACAGGACACUGCUUCAGCAGCUUCAGAAGCUUCAGGCUCUGGUGAUGGGCAAGGUCUCUCGAAGCUGCAAGCUAGCCGGCACCCAGACUGGCACCUGCCUCAUGGUCGUUGUACUCUGCUUUGCCGUUGCAUUCGGCAGCUUCUUUCAAGGCUAUGGGCCCUAUCCUUCUGCCACCAAGAUGGCCCUGCCCAGCCAGCAUCGCCUGUCGGAGCCAUACACAGCCUCCGUGGUGAGGUCCAGGAACCUGCUAAUCUAUGAGGAGCAUUCUCCCCUGGAGGAGCCAUCGGGUCCAGCCUCAGCUGGAGAGCUUGGGGGCUGGGACAGAGGUCCCUCCCUGCUCAGGGCAUCGAGGCUGGAGGCCCUGCCUGAGGUGGAACUUCCCCACUUCAUCAUCUCCAACGAGACCAGCUUGGAGAAGUCAGUGCUGUUGGAGCUUCAGCAGCACCUGGGCAGCGGCAAACUGGAAGGCAACGAGACGCUCCAAGUUGUAGAACUUGAGAGGAGAGUGAACGCCACCUUCUAAGGCACCAUCUCCAUCUUCCUCUUCUCCUAACUCCAGCUGUGCGUCCCCAAACUGUCUCACCCAUAAGCUUCUCCUUCACCCCUGGAUCUUGAGGAGGAUGUGGACUAGUGCGGUGUCUUGAGAUGGGAGGCCAGUCUGGGGCUUUCUGCUCGUAUGUCCCCAUGGCUCUCCAUCCCUUUCUCUUACUGCCAUAGGAAAUUAUCUUAGGGGUGAGGUAGAGGUGGGACGAGCAGGCUUGUUUCCGCUAGUGUCAUGAAGAUAACGCAUGACUCUUCCCUGUGAGACGUGACCCUUUCAAAGAAGACACGACUCCCACGUUCAGUUGAGACCCCAGGCUAUAGCCACAAGUACGCCACAAACAGGAUGCCAGGGAGUGGCGAAAGCAUGACUCCUGGCCUCCCUUGCUCAGUAGGACUCCAGUGCGACCCUGCCCCCCACUGAGAGUACCAAAGUGUCAUUCCAGUCUUCUCUGUCUGUUCUGCACCCUGGAGCCCUUAUUGGAUGCCCGCACAGGCAGAAAGGACUCCCACCACAUCUUCAGGCCGCAAGUGCAAUUCCUGAAGGCAUCAGGCUCUCCUCCAUGCCUCCCUGCCCACCGUGUUGCUUGUAGAAUACCCCCACACCAUACACACAGCCUGCGUCUCUACAGACAGUAGCUCUGUCUCCCUGGUGUCCCCACCCUAUUUGUAAAUAGUAUUUAUUAGCUUGCUGAAGCUCCCCCGCCGACCGUAGUAGAAAAAUUCCGUGACCCCUUCUAACAAGCAGAGUCUUCUGCUGGUCUUUGGAACAGGAGAGUCCCCAGGAUCUGGAACCCCCAGUCUUUCUAGUCGAUGCCUCAUUUUCUCCCUUUCCUUUCAUUUUCAAAUUGGAGACCUAUAAAAUAAUCACUGCUGGGCAAUCCUGUUUAGCAUGUGCCCCCUGGUGGAUGAAUUCACGGGGAAUGAUGGAGCCCUGUCUUCUUGUUCAGGCUGCAGGCUCUAUGAUGUCUCUCUCUCUCUCUCUCUCUCUGUUCCUGCCACAGAGAAGGGAAGUCCUGCCCCUGACAAUAGGCAUGGCUGACAACCUUGCUAGCUUGUCCUGCAUCCUGCCUGCCUGCCUCCCCCACCUGCUUCCCUCCCUCUGCCCUCUCUCCACCUGCCUCCACUGAGGGAAGGGAGGGGGACUGGUGUUGGUGACAUUUAUACACCCUCAGUCAUACCUUUUACUGUCAGGUUUGGCUACCUUGCAGCUCAUCCAAAGAGUCAAUGAACCCCCAAACUCCUUUCCUUUUUUUAUGAUUAAAAAGUAAAAUCUGUAGUUAAAAAAAAACCUUUUCUCUCUUUCAUACGAAUAAGAAAUGGAAAUUACUCUUUUAUUGUAUAAGAUAGAAGAUUCUUUUUAAGUGUUCCCCCACCCCCAGCUUGUAAAAAAAUUUUUAUGUAAGAAA